UCUGAUGAAGGGUCUAGGCCCGAAACGUCAGCUUUUGUGCUCCUGAGAUGCUGCUUGGCCUGCUGUGUUCAUUUAACCUCACUGUACUACUUCAAUCGGGGGGGGCCACUGGCAGUGGUGAAAAGCACCCAGAUGCGUCUUCUUAUUCUUUCAGAUCUACUAUCGCACACAAAUACGGGAGUAGAUUUCAAUUAAGUCUUUUUGCUUGAAAAGGACAAUUUAUGCCGGCGGCCCGUUUAACGGUUUUCGGAACUUGCAACGCGCGGCGUUAAUUCAAACACUAACGAUCAACAUUUGUUGUUUCUUUCGACGCAAGAACAGAGGGACGUCUUCUCGACGACUGUUAAAGUACUGAAAGGGGAAUACCAGUACAGAGGGUAGUAUUAAGGAACUGAAGUGAAAGACCGGCCGGCACACUUUAAAUUUGAAGGCCUCGCACCACCAAGAAAUUAGAAAGGUGGGGACUUCUCCGAUCGGAACUAGGACCACCCCUCCUUAAGUAGAAAGCGGAAGUCAUGUUUACCCUGCAAUCUGUCCGUCCGGAAUCGGAUCCGGUGGGGUGGAGGAGUGCUUGGUGUGGUGUCCGGAGGGAAACGUUAACAACGCGGAAAAGAUCGGCGGCGGAGUGGUUCUUCAACGGGCUUGAACGAUCGUGAAAGAAUCCAAAAUGAGCGUGAGAUUUACGAGAAGUACUAGAGGCCGAUUCAAGGAUUCAAGAGAAUCCUCCAGAGAGAAGAGCUAUGCUGGAAUAAAAGUGACAUCGCGUUCUCCAAUAAAGAACCAGAGAAAAAGAAGUGUCGAUUCUGAUUAUGGAAUGAAAUCAGAAUCACCAGAACCUCCAAAGAAAUCUCCUAAAGCUACUGAUUCACAACAUGCUUCAAGUUCAGAAUUACCAGAAUCUCAGAGGAAGUCCCCUAAAGGUAGGUUUUCUGCUCGGAGACAGCCCCAAGAAAAUCAAGAUGAUCAUUCUGUUCCUGUUAAAGGUGAUCUAGAGUUACAGCCUAACACAAAACCAGUAGUGAUGGACUAUUCCUCUGAGACCAACCAAGUGUCCCCAGAUGGGAACCAGUCUGAAGAUACUGAUGGUCUCUCAGUGUCCCCUCAGAAUCCUGCAGAUGAAGACAUGGAUUCAGAAUCUGAGGUGGAAGUUGAGAGGUUGCAAGAAUCCACAAGAGUGUCGACGCUUCAAACAUUUUCUGGCCCAUUUCCUUCAACUGGCAAUAUGCAAAGAGUACCUGACAGACAGACACCAGUAUAUUCACACCAAGCCCAAGCAGACCGUCACCAAACCACAAGUCAGAUCAAGUAUCAGACCUACUCUGAUGUACAAUAUGGUGCACCAUCUCCCAGGUGGAGACCAGCAGCUGACCUUCCUGCCACAAGCCACAGGGAGAACCAGAACUAUUCUGAUGUACGGUGUGGUGCAAAAUCUACCAGGUUGACACCAGUGGCUGAUACUUACCAGCCCACCAACUACAGGAAACCCCAAUACUACAAAGAUUCUGCACAAGCUGCACGGUUCAUCAGGCCAACUGCAAAAGAUGGAAGUAGACUUUCUCCAAAUAAGAGAGUGACAGAUGAUGUGGAUGGUAGUCCUGUGAGGAGAGAUCACAUUCCUAAAGAUGAAGUUGACUUUGGCCAAGCAGAUGCAAAAACCAGUGACUCUGAAGGUGAUGUGGGGGCAGGUGGUGAUUCACCAGUCAGUAGCAGGACACGAUCUCAGGCUUCAUCAGAUCAGAUUCUUCUGCGCGCACAGCCGAGCCUAACCCGAAGACCUCUUCGUUCAACCAAAGUAUUGCCUCACAGUAAAUCUGCACCUCGGAAAAGAGAAGGGGACAGAAGACCUGCUGAAAAAGACACCACAGAUGCCUCAAAGAAGAAAAUGGCCGUGAUUAUGGUGCUUGUAGUCAUGGUUUGUUUAACAACAUUCCUCCUUGUGCGGAGCAAAUCACCGCCUAUGACUAUGGAGGAAGCGACGACACUGACAGUAUUUUUAAACCAAUUUGAUCAGGUUCAAGCCCUCUUUAAUGGUCAGCAGUCAGUGCUGUGGAGGAGAAGUAAGAUUACCCUGCGCAACCACAUCAAUCUGACCCAGCACAUGAAACCUGCCAUCCUAAUGUUUGCAGCUGCAUGGGAUGGACAGCAGACCAUGAGGUGCCUCGCUAACCGGAUUGCUGGAGCUUACACCUCAGCCCUCAAUGCCACUUCCACAGUGAAAAUUGAUGCUUCGGAUAGAAGCAGGCAGAACAGUGAUGCUGUGAAGCUAGAGGUGGACACGUUGCUCUCAUCUGCAUUUGACAAAGGCAGCAGAGCAGCGGUGGUUCACCAUUUCCAAGACCUGCCCCCACCCUCCACCCUGAUAUUCUACAAGUAUUGUGACCACGAGAAUGCGGCUUACAAAGACGUCGCCCUGCUUAUCACUGUCCUGCUGGAUGAGGAGCAGUUGCCAGCGGAUGUUAGCUUGGGAGCCCUGGAAGUGAAAGUCCGUGAUUUUUUGAAGCAGAAGUUUGCUGCCUCUCAAGGCAAAGAGGGAAUGGAUACGGACAAGCUGAGUGGACUGUGGAGUCGCAUUGCACACGUCGUGCUCCCAGUGGUGCCAGUGCGUGAGAUCGAAGAGAGGGGCUGCAAAGAAGACAGGCAGUGAUCUGGGGAAGGGGUGAAGUUCAGCCACUUGCACUAAUUCACUCUGUCUUCCCUGCAUCCCCCACACUGUUAUACUUAACUGUCCUAAGUGUGUUUUUCCAGCCUCCUUGAAUAAUAAUUAACAGGUGAAUGAUACCCUGAUUUAAGAUAUGAUCUUUCACCUACGGAGAAGGACAAAUCUUUUAUUUGUCAAUUGACCUCGUCUGUGGUAUUCUGCAAAUCUAACGUACCAGCAAAAUAUUUUUAAAAUGUAAAAUGAAAUUUUAUUAAAAUAUAGAUGCCUGGAUAGCUUGGGAGACACCGUGUUGAUCAUCUCUCUUCCCCUUUUGUUUCUUAACAUGCUGUUUAGCCUGAAGUGCUGUUAGCUGAACUCGGAUGGUUUCUCAGUGGCAUCCUUAUGUGGAAGCCUUGACCUUAUGAUGGACAGCGUACUUUUUUUUUGUUUCAUCACCCAAGUUUCAUUGAGGCACAGAUUCCAGUUGCCAUGAUGCAUAACUGUAUUUCGCAGCGUUAAAUCAUUAUCCAUGCUGUCACCCUCAGAUGUGCUCCUGACCUUGGCUGUGUUGCCAAGAUGAUAGUAACCUGAUUGAGUCAGGCAUUUAGGGUGAAUUUAGUACUGAUUGCCAGUGAGGUGACCGAUUUGGCACUCUGUGGGGGAUUUGGAGUCGGCCAGCCACUUUGGCUCAGCAACAUGAUUGCAGCAGAAAAGGACACCCAGACUUUUGGGGGAGUUCUCCCCUGCCACUGGCAGCAGAAAUAACAUUACUGUACAUUUGUUUGGCUCCAAUUUGAAGCGUGGCACUGGGUCAGAUUAACUUGGAUCCCAGAUGUACUUGGAGCUGCUCAGCAACUACUGCCAUUUAAACUGCUGUCGGUUCAGGUGUACAAACGCCUGAAGGGAAAUAUAUAACACUGCCCAACUAUAACGCUGAUGCCAUUGAUUUGCCAUUUUUACUGAGGAAAGGCAGUUUUCUGUUUUCUUGAAACUAAAGGCUGUGCAAAUCAAGCAAACCCUGAAAGAUGUUUUUGAUUACCCAUGAUGAUUCUUAUUCCAGGGCAGAGAGCUGUUGUCUUUGAACCAAAUCUUGAGCCCAUUUUGGUUUUUGGUUGUCAUGUGACCUUUGAUCACUCAAAUGCAUGUUCUGUUUGGGCUGGGUUGAAGAGACUGGGAAAGAUUUUUACUUCUGAACCAUACUAAUCAGUGAUACAAUCCAGAGACAAUCUGUGAUUGAAUCGGUACUCUACAGAAAGGUGGUAGCUUUACAGAUUGUUUUGUGGAUUCUGCUGCACUGUGAUUGUCUUUCUUUGUUUGGUCUUGUUUUAUGUUGUGUCAGAGCCAGCAUGGAGGAGUUGCUUUUUUUCUAUUCCAGCUAAACAUUCUGAUCAACCAGUCACUGGGAAAAAAAAAUUGUCAGUAGCAGUGCUAAAGAUAAAAUCUGCGCAACUUAUUUAACAUGUUUAGUGGUUACAGGAAGCUGAACAGAUCUGAACUGAUGAAAUCAGAUGAAAACAUACUGGCUGUACUUCUCAAUUUAGGAAAAGUGUCUGUUGCAACACUUUUCUGGUAACUUUGUCCCUCAAAUUCAACAGCUCCUGUCUAAGCUCUCCUGUACAAUUAAGAAUGACUCUCUGUUUAGGAAAAAAAUACUGAACAGGAGUGUGUUUCUCUAGAAAUACAAUUAUGGGUGAGUAGUAAAGCCUCUUGGACUUUAAUCUCUUAAUGGCAAUAACAUGCAAUAGAGUAAGUAGUGUGCAGGGGAAGCCUGAUAUUGUGGCGCAGUGCCAACAUUAGAAUAUUAUGCUGUCAGAGUUCCCAAAAAAAUACCCGAGAAAUCACAUUUCCAUACUGUAUUUAGGAUUAAGGAAAGGUUUUAUCAUAGUGAUCCUUUCAGUUUUAAUUCUGGCCAGAAUAGUGGGAACUAGUGAUGGUUAUUCAUAGGGGAGAUUAACUUGACCUCUGUUCGUAAGUGCCCAAUAUUAACACUUAGACUACAGUGAGCGAGCCAAUCCUGUGGGAUGUUUCAUGUGAUUAUAGGCUUUGCUACGUAUUCUGUUUCUUGCUGUCAAGCCUUUUUUCUACAGUAGAACAGAAGCUAAAUCAAUGCAACUUCCUUAACUGUGCAAGGGCAUUUGAGACAUUUACUUCAUAUGGCCUUGUGGGUACAGGUAUUGGGGCUGUAGCUGACUGUGAGAGCUGUGUUCAUCAUGCAAUACCUGUUGAGUGCUACUGUGGUACUUCUUGGAUGUGUACCUUUUAUAAUAGCUCAAUUUUUAAAAAUACUUUAAAAAUACUGAAAGUCAAAGCACAAAAGGUAUAAACACAUUUAUCGCAUGUAGUUUCAGUUGUACUUUGCAUUUGAUCCAGGAACGUCACAGAUAUGUGCAGCCUGCCAGUGAGUGCCUGAAAAAGAAAAGUGGAUUUAACUGAUUUUCUCCUGAAAUGUUCUCGUUCAGAAAAGCUGUGAUAUUGCAUACGUUUCAACAGUGGCAGCGCUUCAAAUAUACCUCAAAAACCUGUGUAUUACUUUAGGGUGUCCAGAACUCAUGAAAGACACUACACAAAUGCAAAUUCUUCUUUAAUUGAUUUAAGAACUUAGCAUUUCUGAUAUUACCUGUUUACAGUAAUGUACAAGUUAAUAACUUGACUGCUCUGAUUAUGCAAGUUUUUUAAAACUUUUGACUUUCACAUUUCUACUGUGUCUCAAUCAGGUUUAUUUAUGAUUUUGUCUUGUUAGAGUUUCUUUUAUGCUGUGAAGGAAAAU